UGACUUCCGGCCCCGAAUUUGGCACUAUCUGUCUAGCCCUAAUAAAAGUCGUCUCUCUUUAGGUGAUCGUCACGUCAUACUACUACGUACAUAGUACCUUACCCAUUGAACUCAUCAAAUUCAUCGCGGACCACCCCUGACGAGACUCCGUCCUUCGGAUGAUAAGUCCCCGAAGUGCAAACGGUGCAAAUCCGAAGGGAUUGAUUGAGGGAAUGAAGACAAGGAAGAAAGAAAGCAGGCAAGCAAGCACGAACGAGCAAGAAGAAAGCAAGAGAGGACCGAGCGGGCUCCACCUGCGAGCAACUCCGAGAAGGCUGCUUUAUCUUGUCUCGAUGGGCGCGAUGCCGAUCCCCCUGGCUACCAUAAGCAUCGCCUCCAUUGGCUGCUUCUUUAGUGCACGACCUUCCCAGCACGCUGGAAGGUGUGCGACUCGGCGGCUUAGCCAAGCACCACAAGUAACUACCGUACUCCGUACACUAACUAACUAACUAACUACUACCUUAGUUAGUGACUACCUUACCUAGUAGGUACAGUUUGCCAGGUGGUACGGUACCUAC